AUGUCGCUGAGCUUCUCUGCUUUUAGUAAUGGAAGUAAUGGCUCUGGUAACGCGACAGUGCCGUCCCGUCCGCCUCUCUGGUCAGACCAGACCAAGAACCAACGAUUCCUCGGUGUGCAACUGGUCAUUUCAGCUGCGUUUGGCCUGAGUGCUUUCAUUGCCUUCUGUAUUCUUAGACCGAAAUGGACACAACUCUACAACGCAAGGAAGAAGCAAUCUCAAUCCGCCGCGCGCCUGCCCGAAUUACCUAAGUCGUUCCUGGGUUGGAUACCUGUGCUAUACAACAUUUCAAGAGAAGAAGUACUGGCAUCGGCUGGUCUUGAUGCUUUGGCUUUCCUCACCUUUUUUCGAUACGCUACAAGAUACCUUUCAGUAACUCUGUUCUUUGCUCUUACAGUCAUCCUGCCCGUGAAUUACCAAUAUACUGGCGUCUGCUUUAUUCCUGGCCUCUGUCCAAAUGGUACGAACCAGACCUUUAAUGAUACUUCGUCCGCGGCGUGGGAAGUGCCGUACGAUUUUACUUCCGUCGAAGACUCCGACACACCGAUCAUUGGUGGUGUACGAUUCCAACCAUAUGGCAGUUACCUUUGGAUGUAUCUUGUCUUCGCAUGGUUUUUCACUGGGAUUGCUCUAUAUUUGCUGGUCGACGAGACAAAAUUUAUAAUCCAUACAAGACAAGCGUUCUUAGGAACACAAAAUACCGUGACUGAUCGAACCAUUCGACUUUCCGGCAUUCCACCUAAUUUAAGAUCUGAAGAGAAGCUGAAGGCUUUCGUAGAGGAAUUAGGUAUUGGCAAGGUUGACAGCGUCAUCCUAUGCAGGAAUUGGCAAAGGCUUGAUAGGUUGGUAGAAGAGCGUACGCAAUGUCUUCGAAAGCUAGAGAGCAGUUAUGCCACCUAUCUAGGUCUCAGUCAUUUGAGAGGCUCAGAUCGCAGGCAGCAUCGGCACACCUCCUUAGAGGAUGACCAAGACACCACUGCUCUCUUGAGCCAUCACGAGAUUGAGCAGCAUCGAUCUCACCUCUCGACACGAAAGAGGCCCCAGCACACCAUCUGGUACGGUUUCCUAAGACUACAGCGCAAGAACACCGACGCUAUCGAUUACUUUGAAGAGAAGCUUCGACGCUAUGAUAAACAGAUUGUCGAGCUACGGAAGCAGGAGUUUUCACCAACGCCUCUAGCUUUCGUUACCAUGGAAUCCACAGCUGCCUGCCAGAUGGCCAUACAAGCCAAGCUAGACCCUGUACCGCGUCAGCUGCUCGCCGCCCCAGCUCCAGCACCUGCCGAUGUUGUCUGGAAGAACACUUACCUGUCACGCAACCACCGUAUGGCAAGAGCGUGGACCAUUAUGCUCGUUGUCGGGUUCUUGACUGUGUUCUGGGCAGUGCUUUUAGUGCCACCAGCGACGCUCAUCAGCGACACCAUAACCAACAGAUUAUUUCCAGGUCUCAAAGACGAUGAUGCUCAAGCCAAACAUCCUAUCGCCAAUCCACUUGUCAAGACAACCUUACCAACACUCUACUUCACAUUGCUUUCGGUCGGAGUGCCUUACCUGUAUGACUGGAUGUCCAACCAGCAGGGCAUGACUUCUCAGGGGGAGGUCGAGCUGUCACUGGUAUCCAAGAACUUUUUCUUUGUCUUCUUCAACUUAUUCGUCGUCUUCACUAUAUUCAGUUCUGUCAGCCAGUUCUACGAUUUUUACAAAAAGGUUCAGGAGGUCCUGAAAGACACUUCAGUCGUCGCCUUUCUAGUUGCGGCAUCGAUGACCAAACUCUGGAGAUUCUAUGCAAACUUGAUCAUUCUUCAAGGUCUAGGACUGCUUCCAUUCCGCUUACUCGAAUUCGGUUCGGUCGCGCUUUACCCCUUCUAUCUACUCUCAGCAAAAACACCACGUGACCACGCUGAGCUGAUGAAGGCGCCGAUGUUUCAAUACGGCUACUACCUACCUCAAUCCAUGCUGAUCUUCGUGGUCUGCAUUCUGUACAGUAUUCUACCGACGGCAUGGCUAGUUACUCUCUUUGGCCUGAUCUACUUCAUCAUUGCUUCCUUCAUCUAUAAAUACCAGCUCCUGUAUGCCAUGGAGCAUACUAUGGCGGGUUACCUGGCCGCGUCACAAGCUUUCUCGCAAGCACUUCUGAUUGUGCCGCUGAUUCUGGCGACUAUGUGGUUCACCAUCUAUUUCCAGCGAACAUAUUUUCCUCUAAUGUAUUUCAUCGCAUUGCGAAGCAUUGACCGAAGAUGGCAGCCACCGUUGCCCGAGCCUUCUGAAUCAGCUUGGGACAGAGCUACGGAUGGCGGUCGAACUGUCGACACUGACCCAGAUACUGGGCUAAGGUACAUAAAUCCGAACCUCACACAACCACUGGAAAAACUUUGGAUCCGAAAGCCCGUUGGUGGUGACGAUGGCGAACAUCCUAAUCAACAUGUAUAG